AUGUACACCCUCACCAACAUCGACCAGCACCACUUCUCCGGCCCAGAAGACGUCUACGUGCUCGAGGCGCACCGCACAGCAGCGGGCCUCGCCACCGUAGCCUCGGACCAGACGCUCUCGCUAUUCAAUCCCGCUCGACUCGGGGCCGGGCCCGUUACGAGCCUCAAGACUGGCCAUGGAAAUGUGACGACGCUGCGGGUGUUUGACGCGGCGAGCUCGUUGGUCUGCACGGCUGGCGAGAAUGGCUCUGUUGGGGUCUGGGAUUUGAGGCAGGGAGCGAGGGUUGCGCAGUUUCAGGCGGCCGAGGCGUCAAUCUUGUCCAUGGCAUGCAGCGCAAACACACAAACCAUUGCCGUCGGCACAGAGCUGGAGAACCACGUCGCCUCAAUACACCUCUGGGACGUCCGCUCCAGCCCCUCCCCCAAAGCAACCUACUCCGAAGUCCACAGCGACGACGUCACCUCUCUCGGCUUCCACCCGUCCUCGCCCACGCUCCUCAUCUCCGGCUCGACCGACGGCCUCGUCAGCGUCCACGACACGACCAUUGCCGACGAGGACGAGCUCACCGUCCAGACGUUUAACCACAACGCCUCCAUCCACGACGCCGCCUUCCUGACGCCCACGGAGGUCUUUGCGCUGUCGCACGACGAGACGUUUGCGCUGUAUGACGUUGCGGAGGAGCGCACCGAUGGCAAUGCGACGCAGGACUUUGGGGAUUUGAGAAAGGUGCUUGGGUGUCAGUAUGUGGCGAAUGUGACGACAAAGUUGGAUGGUAGUGGUGCGAUUCUAGGCGCUGGAGCGCAAGAUAAACAAAACUUUGAGCUCGUCUUCUUGGCCAAGACGCCGAGUAAUGCCUGGGCACUUGACCAUGACAAUAGAGUAGUCCUGCCUGGUGCUCACGGCGGCGAGAUUGUGCGCUCGUUCUGCUUCUUUGACGAUGAGCAGGUUGUUUUCACGACAGGAGAGGAUGGGAAUGUAAAGGCGUGGAGGGCAGGUAACUGA